AUACUUAUAACGUCAAAUUCACAUUUCUUCUCUCUAUAUAAACCACACUAACUUUACAUCUCUCUUACAAACUCCAAGAGCCUCGGAGCAUUCGAAAAGUUCGCCGGAAAAACAAAAACAUGCCGACGAACAACACUCCGUUCCUCACUAUUUUUCUCCUCUUUCUUGGUUUACUCCGGUUCGAUUCAUUUCCCGGUUUAGAAGCUGCAACCGGGAAAUUAGCUUCGAUUCCAGGAUUAUACGUGUUCGGAGAUUCGUUAGUUGAUGCCGGCAACAAUAAUUACUUACCAAUUUCAAUAUCUAAAGCUAAUUAUCCACAUAACGGCGUCGAUUUUCCGAACAAGAAACCUACCGGAAGAUUCUGUAACGGCAAGAACGCCGCCGAUGCUAUCGCUGAGAAAUUUGGUUUACCGUUACCACCUCCCUAUCUCUCACUUAGAGGCUUACUAAAAAGGGAGAAGAGAAAAUCUGCCGCCGUGACUGGUGUGAAUUUUGCUUCCGGUGGAGCCGGAAUCUUCAACAGUUCCGACCAAAAACUUGGACAAGCUAUUCCUUUAUCCAAGCAAGUCAACAAUUGGCUCUCUAUUCAUGAAGAAGUCAUGAAACUUGAACCAUCCGCAGCACAGCUUCACCUAUCCAAAUCUCUAUUCACUGUUGUCAUAGGAAGUAACGAUCUUUUCGAUUACUUUGGAUCGUUCAAACUCCGACGCCAGAGCAAUCCUCAACAAUAUACACAAUUAAUGGCUGAUAAACUCAAAGAGCAAUUGAAGAGAAUUCACGAUAGUGGAGCGCGUAGAUUCCUUAUCAUCGGGGUAGCACAAAUUGGUUGCACACCGGGAAAAAGAGCGAAGAACUCGACACUCCAUGAAUGUGACGAAGGGGCAAACAUGUGGUGCUCUUUGUACAACGAAGCUCUAGUAAAGAUGCUGCAACAACUCAAACAAGAAUUACAAGGCUCAAUAACUUACACUUACUUUGAUAACUACAAGUCCUUACAUGACAUUAUUUCCAACCCUGCCCGUUACGGUUUUGCUGACGUUACAUCUGCGUGUUGUGGAAAUGGGGAAUUGAACGCAGACCUUCCUUGUCUGCCUUUGGCGAAGUUAUGUUCAGACAGAACCAAACAUCUUUUUUGGGAUCGCUAUGGCCAUCCCACUGAAGCUGCUGCUCGGACCAUCGUCGAUCUUAUGUUGACUGAUGAUACACAUUACUCAUCUCCUAUAACUCUUACUCAGUUGGUCUCUACAUGAUCAAUAAUACACACGGCUUCGUUUUUUUGGGAAGAGUACAUAAUCAAGUAGACAAAUGGGAUUUGGAAACUUGAUUUGUAAUCAAGUAUACGUUACUAAAUUUGUUACCAAUGAAAUAUAUAAGUUUCUUAUUUUUUUUAGUUUACUAGUUUUUCUAAGUUUUACCGGUUUAGUUAAAUUUAAUGACAUAUUCUAAACCAAAUUCCCUAAACCGGUCUGCUUUCUUGCGAUACUGUUCCUCAACCUGUUGCUCUUCCUUGGUUUGUUCCGGUAUAGCUAUAAGUGUACGUCUUCAAAGGUUUAGUUAUCACCACAACUUAAUUUUGUUUUUUUUCUUCUUCUCUGAAUUAAAAUUGGUAGUGUGCGCCUGUGAGUGUGCGGGGGAUGUAAGGCCACGAUGGGUCAUGAUAAUAUGAUAUUUCGAUAUCUUGACUUGCAAGCCAGUAAAGUAUGUAUAUUUUUUGUGUGUGUGUGGUAAAAGUAGUUUGGUGGUGAAAACUUAUACGUACUGAUCACAAUUUAUUGUUACUAUGAACUAUGUGACUGAACAUAGUAUUGAGACUUGGGAUAUUAUUAAGUGUCAUUAAACGAUUGAAUGUAUGACUAAAUGUCAUUAAAUAUUUUUCUAUGAUCGAGACUUUGAAUUUA